AUGGUCAUUAUGUACUGUACAUACACGCCCGACCUAUUACACUCUCACCAGUCCUCUCAUGCAUGCACCACACCUCUCCCCCUCCAACCCCUGACCACUCCACUCUACUACUAGGCUAGGCACUUCAACCUGUCAGCUGUCUACAGUCGUGUCUGUGUAAGUGGUGCUCCACCAGCAUUCUUUGAGGAUUCAUUGCUGAAACCCCACCAUGAAAUUAACCCUGAAUAAGCAAAAACUCUUUGGCCAAACAUCCGAAAGAAGUCGUUUGCCAUUGUACGACGCAAACACCGUUGCGUAUUUCCAGAGAUGGUUCGGUCUUUACCCCGGACCCGGGCACGGUGGUAGUGAUGACGCCAACAUCAACAACGGCAGCUCAACCACGGCGAACGGCGCUGGACCAAAACACGGUGUUGAAAAUGAGGUCCACGAUGGAGCAGCAACCCGGAAGCAUGAACCGCUCUUCAUCGUCCGCAACAAGUUUUGGUACUACUUGUUUUCUUUCGGUGCCUGGCUUGGAUCAGAUGCAUUUUAUUUUAUUCUAUUCUCAAUGGUCAUUUCUAAUUUAUCGUGGUGGGUUUCAAGACGAGUGCUGCUAACAUGGGCAAUAACUAUGUACAUUGGGCAGGCGGCUAAAGAGUUGUUGAAAUGGCCGCGGCCCAGUGAACCACCGGUUGUAAGGAUGGAGAGACGAUAUCUGAUGGAGUAUGGAAUGCCAUCCACACACGCUAUGGUCGGUACUUUGAUACCCUUCACGUUCUUGAUUGGCACUUGGAAUCAUUAUGAGUAUCCACAUGCAUUGGGUGUAGUGCUAGCAUGCAGCUGGACUGCACUGGUAUGUUUCAGCAGACUGUACAAAGGAAUGCAUUUUAUAUUGGACGUUAUCGCUGGUGAGACCCUAAUCUGGAUUCUGAUGCUUCUCCUUUGGCCAUUGUUGGACCCCUUGGAUUAUUUCCUGGUGACCCAUCCCCAGGCCCCACUGGUCCUCAUCUCGGUGUCGGUGUUCUUCUGCCUCAUCUACCCCUGCCAGAAUGGGGUUGCUUCUUCUAGAGCCGACACCAUCAGUAGUCUUGGUUCAGUGUCUGGUGCCUUCUGCGGCUUCUGGUUCAACUACCGCACGGGGAUGCUCCCUGAUGUACUAGCCCCUCUGGGAGGGGUCAUCGAGUGGCCAGACUGGAACACAGCAGGGUUAAUGCUCAUCAAAUACUUGGUUACUCAAGUAUUGUCACUCAUGAUUUACGUGCCAGUAAGAGCUUUCAUCCUUCAAGUUAUUUCUGUUGUUUUUAACACGGAGAUAAAUGAACGCACCAAACGGCUAUUGUAUGUUGAAAUACCAUAUCGCUACACCACUUUCAUUGUGUUACUUUCUAUUGUAUAUGUAGGCAUGCCUUUGUUGUUCCUCAAACUGGGAUUAGAAUGAGUGUAAAUAAAGACCAUAGUUAAAGAACCAAUAACUUAAACUUUCGCUCGGUUAUAUAUUUAAGUCAAGUCCAGAAUGCAAAGGACAUGUGCUAGACUUGAAAUCGAAGCACCUGCCCUCGGCGUAAAACUAUUUUUAUCAAACGACAUUUUUCUUACUAAAGGUGCAUGCUAUGAUCAAACUUGAGAGACAAACUCACAACUUUAUGUGAAUGUAAUCUUUAUGAUUUGAGUUUGAAUACGAAAAAGAUUCUUUAGCCUACACAAUAUCCUCGGUACUUGACAUUUUAGGUGGUUAACUCUCAAUUAACGAGCUUUGAACAAUAAAGACGUCCAAAAACUGGUGUAGGAUAUCAGGAUACAAAUUCUCAGCAGGUUGACAACUUAAUGCCGCAAAUUGCUUAAAUCUUAAGACAUGUUUUGGGUCUGUCCAAACUACAGCCUGUUUUGGGUGAAACGACUGAAAAAUUCACCCAUUCUGUCCGUAUGUACAACAUCUGUGUGCCUUGUGAGAAAGUGGUGCCUCAAAGAGAUAUUUCAUUUGAAAUUUCCUGUAAUAAUAAUUAUCAUAUUAGGUGUUUUAGUUUUCAAAGAAGUAUCUUAUUCGUUGUCAACGUUUAUCACUAUUAUUUUCAAAAAGUGACAAAACUGUUUCGGGGGUUGAUAUUAGGAAAAAAUUAAGUGGAAUCUGCCUGGAAUUAGUUGCCCUGGGUCUUGGCCUUGGUGCCCCGUCAAAAUUUUGCCAUAGAUUUUAAGAUUUUUCAACGGAAGUAAGUGCCAUUUGCAAUAUGAAAAUGACCUUGCCCUCUCAAAGAUGAAAUUCCAGGCUUGGUAGAAGAAUUCUAGCACCAUUAAACGUUCAUUGAAGAAAGCCUUAAAAUGAUGAUACCACCUAAUUACCGAUAAAACAACAUGAUUUCUGAAGUCAACAUAAGCCUUUAAUGUAAAGUUAUUUUAUAUUAAUUGUGAAGAAACGGAUGCAUAAGUACCAGUCGUGUUUAUGAUAUUUAAUAUCGAGUUGACAGCAGAAUUUUAAUGUCGUCAAAGCUGCAUAUUAUGUAAAAACAAAUCUUAACAAAUUUCAUAAAGCAAUAGUAUGAAUAUGAUUACGAUUAUGGCAGUUGAACUUUGUUUCGAAAUUUACUUGUGCUGUUUUUUAAAUAUUUUUUUAUAUCUCUGGUUUGAAUCCAGACAAAAUAUCCAUCGACUAUAUUAGUCCUUGAACUAUGUGCAUGUAUGAUUCACAUUGUCUGCCAUUUGGGUAAUAGAUUGGCAUACUUACGAUGCUCUGCCAUUUUGUAACAGGUUGUGUUAUGCUUUGAUUGCGCAUAAAAAGUAGAACAGCUUUAACCCUACACAGUCUCAAAUCCUUCAAUAGCCAAUUGCCAAAGUGAAGUUUUCAGGAGGACUGGGGGGGGGGGGGGUCAGAAGGCCCCCCAAAACAAGCGCUUAUCAGGGUCUGGCAUUGCAAUCUUUCGCCCAAACAGCUUUGUGAGGAGUGACAUAGGAAAAGACCUUUUUGGAUACAUUAGGCAACACAGUGACUGUAUUUAUUAAGAAAAAAUCAUAAAUUUUAUAAAUAGCUGUACUUGCAUCAAGUAUGUAAUUGCAUGUCUGUAAGGGAGGGGUUGGUUGGGGUUGGUUGUUUUUGUUUGGCAUUUUAAAUGGCAGUUUACCCUGUGGGUCUUGUUGGGGUCACUUUGUGUUUAGAGCAAAAACGAUUGAUAAAUCUUUUAUGAAGCACAGAAAAUGUUUUGUUUAAUUUUGGAGUUUUUUUUACAGCUUUGUUACAGCUUUAGUAUUACAAAUCUUUAGUGUUUACUUUUUGUAAGGACAAGGACAAGAAAAACAUCAAACAAAAAUUGGCAUAACCGUAGGCCAUGUCUGAUUUAGUGACUGCGCCUCAAUAUUCUUGGAAUAAGCUAAUGUUAAACAUUUGUGUACAGUAGAUGCUUAUUAUUAUCUUGAGUAGGAUUUUUAGUAUAAUUUUGUUUUUCAAUAAUUUUUUAUUAAACAAGAUGGAUUGCUAUUGAUCCUAAUUACAACAAACGGCUCAACUUUGUCGUUGGUUGACACACAUAAAGUGUACACUUACUUGAUUUGAUGAGAAAUAAAACAUAAUUUCAAUUUUGUGCACAAAAUGAAGAUGUCCAAUUGUUU